GAAAACUACAAUUGCAGUUUCAAAAAUGAUUGGUGUUAUGUUUUUACUGUCAUAAUGAUUUUCUCUGUUCAUUUCAGACCUGAUGGAGCCAAAAGAAGAAAUCACAAAUGCAAGAGAACAAACUGAUCAAGAUCAGAAAGCGGUAAAGCAGGAAAUUUCACAACUCAAUGAAAUGGAGGAGAAACCUCAUCAUUUGAUACCCAAGGAAGAAUCUCUGAGCUGUUCAAUAACUGUAAGGAAUUUUUCCCCUAAAAGAAACAACAAGCAAAAGGCAAAAGUCAAAGAUGCUUUUACGUGCCCUCAGUGUGGAAAGACCUUCACAUAUAAAUAUAUGCUUAAUAAUCACAUGAGAAUCCACACUGGAAAAAAACCUUACAGCUGUGAUCAGUGUGGAAAGACCUUCAAUGAAAAAUGGCAUUUAAGUGAUCACACAAAAAUUCACACUGGAGAAAAGCCUUACAGAUGUGAUCAGUGUGGAAAGAGUUAUGGUCGUAAGAGUGAUCUCAACAGGCACGUGAGUAUUCACACUGGAAAAAGGCCUUACAGAUGUGAUCAGUGUGGAAAGAACUUCAGGAAUAAAGCCCACCUUAAUGAACACACGAGAAUUCACACUGGAGAAAAACCUUUAAGAUGUGAUCAGUGUGGAAAGAGUUAUGGUCGUAAGAGUGAUCUCAAUAGACACAUGAGGAUUCACACUAAACAAAGGCCUUAAAAUACCCCUACUACGGUGAUUUUCGUAUUUGAAAAGUUCAGAUGCAAAAACCACUAAGCGCAACCUCGGUCAAAAAUGAGAUGAUAAUAUUAACCAAAUGCUUUUGGCAUGUAUUAUACGUUCAUCAAGUAGUUUUGCUUUAAAAACGCUUAAUCCCAGCCUCAGGCCAUUCAGAAAUACCAGUUUGUUGGCAGAAUCCAUUAAGAGUCUGAUAGAAAUUAAAUUUUUGUUAGAAAACACAUCAGGGUGGUUAUAGACCGGAGGUUCUCAAAGUUUACAUUCAAAGGUCCAAAUCUGAAUUCUCAUCAUUUUCAUAGGUCUGGAAAAACUGGUUAUUACAAAAAUUGUCAAGCAUGGUAAUAAUUUUAUGUAAAUUUUUUGUUUAUACAACAAAUCAAAACAAAUCCCUACUGAAAAAUCCAGCUAAGACCAGCAUAAGCUGGUAGCUGGUUUUAGCUGGGAUAAGGUUGCAGUAGCUGGUUUAAGCUGGUCCUCCCUGCAUGGCAAAGCUGGUGGAUCAGCUAGUCUUCCAUCCUGACCAGCUAAGUCCAGCUGAAAAGUGACCAAAACACAGCUAGAACAGCUUGCUACACCAGCAAAACCAGCUAAAACAAAGCUGGGAGACAAGCUAAAACCAGCUUACCAACUUAUGCUGGUCUUAGCUGGAUUUUUCAGUAGGGAUAUUAACAAGUUUAUUUUACAUUUGAAGUAAAAAAAAAAUAAACAUGAAACACGUGAAGUAUGCCAAAAGUAAACCGGUGCAAAUUGCAGAGCAACAUAAUAUGAGAAAUGGCACAGUUUGUUUUCCAUCAGAUGCACAAACCGUGGCAAAGUAGGUGUGGUUGGUAGACGGAGACACUGACCUAAAUUAGGGGUGCACUCAUAACUUGGCCGAUGAUGCUUGCUUUGCUUGUUACUUUAGACAGACCAUCAAUGAAUUACGUUGAAAUACCGCUACAUCCAAAAGCCAGAGGGCGCUCUCGUGCAGAAACUCAAUAUUCGCUGCAGAUGAAGAACAAUACACAGGCAGCUCCAUAGAUAUUUACACUAGAUGUCACCUUGUCUACAGCAGUUCAUUGGACCGAAUGCGUCAAAUAGAGCCGCCAUCUUGAAACAGGGGAACCCCGCAUCAGCGUCAUUGUAGGCAAUGGUGUAACGGAAAUAAAAUCACCAUAAAUCGUCAUGAAUGCGAUUUUCUUGGUUUUCUUUUGGUUCGUUGCAACAGUCAGACAUGUAUUUAGCAUUGAGUCCAGAAAAAAAUAAAAGUUUUGAUAUUAUGAAAAUCUACUUUUUCUAAUUAUAAUGCAUAGUGCUAGUAGGUCUAACAUCAAUACGCAGCACAAAAGUCUGGCACCGUCCAUGAAUUUUACCAGUUUUACCUAGCUACUUCCUAUGACAAGACCCCUGUUCCAAGAUGGCGGCAGUUUUGACGCAUGCUUAGAACCCCAAGGCGACAUCUAGUGUAUAUAUCUAUGACGCAGCUCCAGGAAAUGUCUUAAGGAUAUGUUUAUAUUGCUGUUCUUUAAACCUUUUCAGGUAUUUUCAUGAUAAUAAAGAAUUUGUAUAAUGAUUAUGUUUGACGAGUGUUGCUUUUUCAAAUGCGUGUUUUAAAUGACUCAAACAAACAGUGAUUUCAGAUUGAUAAGGACUUACUGAUCAAAAGCUGUAGUACAUGAACUAGCUGUGCAUAAUAUCUGGGUGUGAUGGCUACAGCGCGUCUCACAGGAAAUGUUUAAAUAACUUGUUUUUUUUUCAGACCAGGAAUACUCUUAAAUCGAAAAAGAUAAAAAACUAAACUAAUGGUUUACAAGUUUAAAAUGAAUUUUUAAAGAAACAAAUGCACACAUUUAAUCAAUCACAUAGAAAUUAAUGCACUUGCAAUAUGAAGUGUACGCGUGUCCGGAACAAGUUCCCUUCGGAUCCGGACCGGAGUCCGGACUUUGAGAACCCCUGUUCUAGACCCUUUUUAGGGGGGCUUCAGCCACCCUACAAUUAUUAAAUCUAUCAAACUCUCAGAUAUACAGUUAUGUUCAAAAUAAUAGCAGUGCCACAUCGGUAACUUGAUAAACCACUGUUAUCCGUAGUAGGAAUAUUUCUGAAUUAGAAAUGAUUUACUUACAGAUGUAGUAGUGUAAUAGAAAAACAAUAGACCCAUUUGUUAUGAUAUCCACACUACUUGUUAUGAGUUAUAGAAUCAUUUAUUGAAAGUGGUGUUAUCAAAAUAAUAUUAGUGUGAAGUUUAACUGGAAAAUGAGUUCAAUCUGUGAAAAGAACCCAUAUCUCCUUUUUGUCCUUUAUUAGGAAAGAGUGAAAGCAAAUAUUUCACCAAUUGUUAUAAAAUAAAUCUGCUGCUGAAUUUCCAAGUAAAAUCGACCGUAGAGGAACAACCCAAUUUGAUUAAAACGUUGAUUUGAGAGGGGGAAACGUAUAAAGAAAUGCAGUAAAGUUUAGGAUGCUCAGUUAAAUGAUCUCAAAUGCUUUAAAAUGGCAACAAAAACCCAAAACACAUGGAAGAAAACAAGCAAUAUGGUUAAUACAGAUUGAAGAAUAGUCAGGAUGGCAAAGCUUCAGCCUUUCAUCCCCUCUAGAAAGAUAAAAAAUGAUCUAAAAUGAUCUGUAAGUACAGUGACAGUCAGAAGGCAUCUGAUUGAAGCUAAGCUGUUUGCAAGAAGCCCCCAUAAAGCACCAGCUCAAAAAACGGAAGGAAGUAUAUAUACUUUAUGUUUUCCGCUUACAGUUUAAAUACAUCAAAAUACUUGAUAAGAUUAUGUUGCCCUUGGCUGUAGAGGAAAUGCCCCUAAAAUGGGUGUUUCAACAAGACAACAACCCCAAAUAGAAAAGCAAGAGGGUAAAAUCUUGGUUCCAGACAAAAAGGAUUGAGGUUAUUAUGGAGUGUCCAGCUCAAUCCCAUGAUCUUUACCCCAUUGAAAACUUGUGGGGUGACAAUAAAAAUGCAGUUUCUGACACAAAGCCUAAAAAGUAACAGGAACUGUGGAUCUUGGGCUAAAAUAUCUGUUUCUGGGUGCCAGAAGUUGGUUGAUUUGAGACAGAUGUGCAGCAGUUAUCAACAACAAUGGUCAUGCAACUAAAUAUAAAUAAUUUAAUAGUUUAAAUUGAAGUUAAAUCUCAAUAAAUUAUUUCAGUUUAUAAGUUUCUACGGAGAAAAAUGUUAACACUGCUUUUUUUAACAUAUUAAUAUUCAUUUUAUUUGCUUCCCUUUAAAAGAACAAUACAGACUUGUAAACUGUGUUAAUGCUUUGAUUUGUAAUUUAAUGUGUAUGUGUUAUGUUUUC